CAUACCAAUGGCAAGCACACUCCAAGUUUCACUCAUGCAAGAGAACAAGCUAAAGGAUAUUUCGAUUCCAAGAAGUUCCCUGAGGCUAUCGAGAUCUACAGUCGAGCUCUUAGUCUGUCACCCGGUAACUAUGAUCGAAGUAUACUUUUGGCAAAUCGUGGCAUGGGUUAUCUUUGUCUUUUCAAAAAACGUUUCCCCAAUGAUCGGUCUAUAGUUCGACUUUCUGAUCAGAUAAGUGUCGCAAUGGACUCAGCUCAUGCUCAUCAGUCGCAUGUUAUGUGCGACGACAGCAAUUUUUUGUUGAUUAUAGUGGAGAGGUUUUGUGGGCAGACGAAUACACACACCGAUAUCAAAGAGGCUAACUUCUUCGGAUCAAGAAAUCAAUAUGUUGUUGCCGGAUCUGACUGCGGGUCUUUACUGUUAUGGGAGCGUAGCUCCGGUGUACUUGUUGCUGCAUGGAAUGCUGAUCAAUCGAUUCUGAAUAUCGUACAACCCCAUCCCACCCAAUUCAUGCUAGCCACGUCUGGCAUCGAGGAAGUGAUCCGAUUAUGGCAACCCAUGGAGGAGGGCAAAGAGGUAAGCCAGAUUGGUUCUCUUUUUUGUCUAAUCCUUUAA